GUGGUCGACAUCAAGCUGAGCUCCAAGAGCAAAACGCUCCCGCAAUACACCAGAGCAGGGGAAAUGGGGAAUUUUGCCAUCUGGUACAAGAAGGGGCCCGUUCUGAAGCCUGUCCCCAAGCCACGGAGCAUCAGCACAGGCCUGAAGCAGCUCUCGCUCCAGUCCCCCGACUAUGGGGUACCCGCCACUCGCUGCAGCAUCAAACGUGCUGCAUCUCAGCACGAGGCUCUCUACGACACCAACAUCUAUGGCCUCUCAGCCAUGGACGGAGUCCCUUUCACACUACACCCCAAAUUUGACACCAGGCUCAGCUCUGGCAGCAACGCUCUCCUCACAGAGCUGAAUGUGAAAUCACUCGCUGAUAUCGAGGCAGAGUACAAUUAUGCCUUUGUGGUUGAAAGGACGGCGGCUGCCAGGCUCCCCCCCAGCGUGUGCUAG